AUGGCUACAAUAGAAAAUAAAUCAAAGAAAAAUCGUAGUACAGGUUAUUUAACAUCACCAAUAAAUGUGAAUGCUGCUAAUCAUCUUUCGUAUUUAUUUCAAACAGCACAUAUAGUUUUAUUAACAACUGCUGAUUUUAAUUUGGUACGACAUCUUGUUAAACAAAUACGUGUACAUGCUCAAAAGAAACAGAUUCGAUUACAUCCUGAGAUGAAACGAUUGCUUUGUUCGUGUUGUAAUAUGAUUUUAUGGCCACCAUUAACUGCAAAUGUUCGUUUUAAUAAACGUAAAACAGGUAUUGUUGUAACAUGUUUGACAUGUAAUCGUUUUCGUUAUUAUCCUAAACAUAAUUCUUGGCCAACAGAACAUGGUGCUCAUAUACCAAGCGAUUGGCUUUUUAAUAUUUUGUCUUCAUCUGAAAAACAUUGA